UGGAAAUUAGGAAAAGAUAUUUUCGUCAGCGCCAGAACAUUCUGUGGCGGGUAAUUAAUUCAGGCUUAUACUAAGAAAAAACAGCAAGUUAUCCACGAUAGGCCAGUGGUUGUUUUUCUUGCUCCACUAAAACCCACAUUUUUCCAUCCUAAAGCUGUAAACAUGGAAGGAAGUGCAAUCAAGGAGAAAAAGGAAGCGGGUAUCAGUAUCAGUCAGAAGAAGAAAGUAUUUGUAGCUGGUGCAACUGGGAAUACUGGGAAGAGAAUUGUUGAGCAGCUUUUGGCUAAAGGUUUUGCUGUUAAGGCCGGGGUUCGUAAUGUUGACAAGGCUAAGUCUAUCUUACCUGAAGCAAACCCUCUUCUUCAAAUUGUGAAAGCAGAUGUAACAGAGGGAUCAGCUAAACUUGCCGAUGCUAUUGGUGAUGAUUCAGAUGCUGUAAUAUGUGCUACAGGCUUCCAGCCUUCAUUGAACUUGUUGACACCUUGGAAGGUUGAUAAAUUUGGCACAGUGAACCUUGUGGAUGCAUGUCAAAAACUUGGUAUUGAUAGGUUCGUCCUUAUAAGUUCAAUUCUCGUCAAUGGAGCUGCAAUGGGUCAAUUGUUCAAUCCAGUUUACAUAAUCCUUAAUGUUAUGGGACUCGUAUUGGUAGCAAAGCUUCAAGCUGAGAGAUACAUACGUAAAUCUGGCAUCAACUACACAAUUAUUAGGCCUGGUGGGCUAAAAAAUGAUCCACCACAAGGGAAUAUAGUCAUGCAACCAGAGGACACCCUUUUUGGAGGCUCAAUAUCCAGAGAUCAGGUAGCUGAAGUUGCAGUCGAGGCAUUACUCCAUCCAGAAUCUCAUUACAAAGUCGUGGAGAUAGUGGCAGGUACUGACAUCCCUAAACGUCCAUUCGAGGAGCUCUUUGGUUCAAUAAAACAGCAGUGACUUGUAAACAUGCAAUUUUUAUUCUAUGUCCACUAAAAUACUUACUUUGAGAUGUACAAUAUGCUACAUUUCUCUUGUGUAUAUCAGUAAAUGAUGGUGCUGUUGUGAUUUGAACUGGGUAAAAGGUCUGCAAAUGAUCCCCCAUAUAUUUCUCA